AAAAUAUGCGAUAACGAAGUGUUUAAUUACGCUUUUUCUUUGUAAUUAUAAUAUGUGAAUUUUUUUUUAAAUAUUGAUCAAUUCGUCUUACGAAAACGCAAUCGCAAAAUUUAGGUUAUAUAUCUCUGCUCUUAUACAUAAAACGUGGUCUACAAUAACAGUUCUGUUGAUCUUUUAAACCGAAGAUGCCAAAAUCAAAGGAAUACCUGUCUGACAGUGAUGACAGCAGCGAGGAGGAAGUAAAGUCAAGUAAAAGGAAACAAAAGGCCGAAGAGGAUAAACCAGCAACAAAAAAGCCAAAAAAGGAAGACGAAAAUACUGUCUGGGAUUUGGGCAACAAUCGACAAGUGACAGUGAGGGAUUUUAGAGGCAAAUAUUACGUAGAUAUUCGAGAAAUGUAUUAUGACAAAGAUGGCGAUUUGAAACCUGGUAAAAAAGGAAUAUGCUUAAAUUUGCAACAAUGGCGAAAAUUUAUGUCUGUCGUGGAAGAGGUAGAUAAUGUGGCAAAAUCCAAGUGUUAGAAUUUUGUUUUUUCUUCAUCUCUAAAGUGUUUCUUUUAUAUUUGUUUUUCUAUCCAAUGUGUUAGAAUUUUCAAAAAAAAGUUCAAAUAAUUAGUGAACAUUUUCAGUUAAACUAUACAUAGAUAAGAAAAUAAAACUACAUAAAAUGUAAUA